GCAGCAGCAGCAGCUCUGCACGAAGACAGCAGAGGCCUGAGCAGCUCCAGGGCAGCUCCAACACUCACUGUUCAUGAUCUCCUCGGCUGCUGAUGACACUCGACAGGAGUCGGACCUGCUCGAAAUCUGCCAAUUAUCUGCGGAACACGGGCGCGCGGGCUUGUGUUGACAAAGCAGUCCGUCCCAUUGAACAGCUGAUUCAGACCCAGGCACUGGCCGCAGGUUGGUAGUGUUGGAGAGGACGCGUGUUGUCUGGAAUUUACGUAAUCUUUUAUUUUUGCGUAAUUUAAGCGAGCGCCGCGUGGAUCUGGAUUAUUUCGGCGUGGAUCUGUCCAGUGCUCUCCUCUUCUCCCUCCUCCCUCCAUCCGUUGUUGUCCUUAACAGCAGACACACACACACAGACACACACACACACACACACACACUCAUUCAGACGGAGACUAUCUGCAUGAACACACCAGGAGCUGUUUUCAGGAGCCCGGUGGAAGACCGGGACACCUCCAGCUGUUCUUUCAUGCUGACAAUGGGAUCUGAGUGAACUUCUCUGGGAUACAGAUCAACUGCUAGCAUGUUGCAGCCUUCCACAAGAACAGGUGAUGGCCUGUUGGUACUAAUACCUCAGUGGAAGUGUCAGAGAUGGGCCAUCCUCCUCCUCCUCUUCCUCCUCUGCAUGGCUGUCCUUCCAGGGGCAGAGGGAUCCACCUGCCACAAGACCUGUAUCUGCGCUUCAAACAUAGUGAGCUGCUCCAAGAUGAAUCUGACCACUGUCCCGACAGGUUUACCCAACUACAGCGCCGUCCUGGAUCUCAGUUAUAACGGGAUAACACGGCUGCGAUCAGAGUGGACCCCAUAUAAGCUCAAAAAGCUCCACAACCUCCUGCUCAGCCACAAUGGUCUCCACUUCCUGUCUUUAGAAGCUUUUACACCUGUGAAGCAGCUGCGCUAUUUGGAUCUCUCCUCCAACAGCUUGAGGCAGCUGGAUGAGUUCAUUUUUGAUCCUUUAGUGAACUUGGAAGUCCUUUUGUUGUACAACAACCAAAUUUCCCAGAUUGACCGCACAGCCUUCACUAACAUGGUCAACCUACAGAAGCUCUACCUUAGCCAAAACCAAAUCUCCCGAUUUCCUGUGGAGAUGAUCAGGGACAAGACACGCCUGGACAAACUUAGCCUCCUAGACGUAUCUUCCAACAAGAUCAAAGUGUUGCCCAUUGAUGAACUCCGAGAACUCCCUGGUUGGAUUAAAAAUGGCCUCUACUUCCACAACAACCCCCUGCUGUGUCACUGUGAUCUCUACACACUCCUGGCCCAGUGGACCAUCCGAAAACUCAAUUCCGCAGUGGACUUCAAAGAUGACUACACAUGUAUUCUGCCUGGCACACAAAAAACACCAGUUGAUGUUUUUGAGCUUAAUGGUGAUUAUAUGAACUGCAGCACAUUCAAGGAGGAAGCUGAAGAGGCGUAUCUGGAGCAAACACUGACCCUUGGUUGUGACACAAAACACAGGAACAUGUCAAAAACUUGGACAAUGCCUGGUAAUGUGGUGGUGACACCUGGUAUCAACCAGACAGCCAAAGUCUUGGCAGAUGGGAGUUUGCAGAUAAGCCCAGUGAAGUCUGAGGACUCUGGGACCUACACUUGCUUUGCAAUGAGCGAGUCUUUCAAUGAGACUCUCUAUAUAGUGUUGAAGGUUCAUAACUUCACCAUGAAUGGGGGUGGGGAGACUCUCAACACAGGAUACACCACAUUAGUGGGCUGCCUUGCCAGCGUGGUGUUGGUGCUCAUGUAUCUUUACCUGACGCCAUGUCGAUGCUUUUGCUGUCCCAACAAAGGUAAGACUCGGGGCGAUGACAGUAUCCAUUCAUCUAUGCUCAGUGUGACCCCCACUCAUGAGGACCCCACACUCAAAGCUGAACUGAACAGGCACGUGGCAUUCAUAGACUCUAAGGACUCACAGGGCCAAAAUGGCAAGCUGAACCCCAAUGGGGAGGAAGAUGAUGAUGACAUGGAUGCAGAGACCGGCUCACUAAUGAAAGGAAAGAGAAAGAAGUCUGUAGCAGAGUCCAUUAGCUCUGUCUUCUCAGACACUCCCAUGGUGGUCUGAACUGAGCUAGCAUGAGCAAAGAAGAUGGACGCAAUGUGACUGGAUGUAUAUGGUACAAUGUGAGCCAUGUUGUAGUUAAAUGUAAACUGUGACUGGGACCUAGAAGUAGCGAAUGGAGAAAGGAUAUUUAACUAUAGUUCAUAGCAAGUGGAAACAAUAAGGAUCUCAAAGGGAUUGCAAAACAAACUGUCUUGUUGUCGACAAGGACAAUGAGCAAGACUUUUUCCAGCAUUUUAAUCUGUAGCACUUAAUAUUCAUACUGUGAAGGAAUGGCAGUGUGCAUGGGCAGUGGAAACUACGUCUUACGAGAGUAAACAAAGGGGAUAUGUCGUUGAUUUGAGCACUCAGGAAGAGACAAAUUGAACUGCUUAGGUGUGGGAAACAUGUAUAGCUCUGCACAGAAAUAAGAGACCACUGGCUUUAUUAGUUAUAUGCAUGUUUUUGACUAAAACAAACAUUUGUGUUUAUGUGUAAGCUAUUGAUACUUCUCCCAAAUUCCAAAUGAAAAUAUUAUUCAGACCUUUAAUGACAAGUUUUCAAAACAAUAGCUAAUGUCGUGCUUUGAGACAGGAAUACAAGAAAACAAAUUCACAUUCACAGUUCUAAUACUUUAACUUAGAAAGAGUUCAGAAAUCAAUAUUUGGUGGAAUAACCCUCGAUCACAGCUUUCGUGCAUCUUGGCAUGCCCUCCACUUGUCUUUCACAUUGCUGUUGGCUGCUUUAUGCCACUCCUGGCAAUUUCAGUGUGGUUCAUGUCUGAAACUGUGAAGUGGUCUCUUAAUUUUUCUCCAGAGCUGUAUGAUACAAUGCACAGAUAUAAAUAGGUUUGAGGAUACAAAAUAGUUAACUCAUAGUAUGUACUGGGUCAUGGCUGGCUCAUAAUUACAGUAUAUGUAUUACAAGGACUAGAAUAGCUUGCAUCUUAUGUAAACGUUAGGUCAUAGGUCCAUUUACCUCUCCUUUAUCAACACAGGGACAGAGACUUAGCUAGACCAUCACUGGGUGAUGAAUACACCUGUCAUUAUCCUGGAGUCAUCUUUAGAAAAACAGCACGCCAUUAAACUCACAUUGAUAGGGAGAGUGUGUUCAUAUUGCGUUCAGCAGACACUUAGGCAUUUAUACUGAGAAGUCAGUAGGACAAAACUAUAAGAGAACAUCACAGGCUAUUUACAUCCUAUUUCAUAGAUGAGUUAUACUGUAUUUCGUCAGACCAAUCAUUAUUCAUAGUCAAAUUGUUUGUACAGUGACUUAGGAGAGAUCUAUUUUUUUCCUUUGCUGAGUUAAGGGAUCAAUUUACAUAGAUGCGUAUGGUAUAAAAUAGAUGAAAUUUAGGAAUCAGAUUACUGGUUCAACAUGAAUUCUCUAUCGAUAUUUAUUUCUUAGUUACUGCACAUAAUUAUUACACACUAUAACCCAAAUUGAACUGUUAAAGCCUUACACAAUUAAAAAAAAAUCAUGGAAGGCCUUCAAUAGAUACACAAUAGAUACAGGCAUUUAGGUUUGUUGUUUGACUGAUUAUCAACAUAUUGUCUCAUCUCUGUACACUGUUCCUUACAUGGACUAAAGCCUCUGUUGUGAAGGUGCCAUUACAGCAGUGUGAUUCUUCCUCUACGUCAGGAUAGAGCAUUUGUUUUUCACUACCAGAAGUUAAAGUUGAUGCUAAAAGCUGCCAGCUUGGGUUUGUUGUAAUCUGUCCUAUAUGUAAAAUGUGAACCCUCCGCAGACGUAUAUUUUAAUAUAUAUUGUUUAGACUUGGUGUAUUCAUUAAGUCAUAAAUUAUGUUGUAGUUUUCCGUAUUUAAUCAAACAUUUUGCUCUGAUGGAAGACUGGUGUAAUACUGAUUUAAAAUGUAGCUGUUUUGCCCUGUGGUGGGUAGAAAAUGAUAUGUGAGCAGGUGAGUGUAGAGUAAUAAAACCUUCAGGGUUCCUCCAGAGGAUGAAGCCUAUGAAUAAUAUUGAUGAGACUGUUCAUCAUUAGACUGGAGAGAGCUGAUUUUAGAGUUUGUAGCUGCUGACAGGAAACCUUUUAUACCACAGGGGACUCAAUAAUUGUAUCCUAGAGAAGAUCCACUGCUCUAUUAUUACUAAAUCUAUUGCAAGUGUGAGCUACCUAAUAUGCUGUGCAUAUUUAAUUAAAAGGAUUUAAAACAGGC